UAUCGCAAAAGCCACGACGUUCAAACUGUACCGCAGGUUUGACACAUCCGCGGUCGUCGAGACGUUAACUCGCCGUCGAUUCUCGCGCCGGGGCUCAGUCGUACGUCGUACGCCUAUUCGAGAAUUAACACAAUCGUUCAAGCGACCGUGAUAGUUGCCGCGCUUUCGUACUUGUUCGUGUGUCUUUUAAUAUUACGAUAAUGGAUUUAUUGAUGAAAUAUAUGGAGUGAAUCGAGAGACAGAAAAAACAGAACAAGGGACUAUAAAUAAAUAAUUAACAAAAUUUAAAUAAAACUGACUAAAAAUAAGAGAACCGUCCGUACUUCAUGCACGAUCUUUUGCAAUUGGAUAGCGGGGCCUGGCCGUUUUUGAAGAGCGAAGAUACACAGGCAUUCCGCGAGAGGACCAAGAGGGAUGCCCUCAACGAGCUGCAAGCCGAGCUCGACAAGCUCGAGGCGACCGCGACCACCCCGCAGAUCAAGGACCAUGUCCAUCGUCAGUCCGAAGGAUUCAUCGAUCUGUUCAAACGUUUCUUGCAAGAGGAAGGCCCGUCACUAGAAUGGGAUCACAUGCAAAAGUUGCCCGAAGAUGCGAUAAAGGAUUACAAUUCCUUGCCGACGCCGGAAGAAGCGGAGAUGAAAGCCCUUUUGAGCAAGUUGGUAGUCGUUAAACUGAACGGAGGCUUGGGAACGAGCAUGGGAUGCCAUGGACCGAAAUCCGUGAUAGCAGUACGAAACGGGCUUACAUUUCUCGAUCUCACCGUACAGCAAAUAGAGUACUUGAACAAAACGUACAACGCGAACGUUCCACUGAUUUUAAUGAACUCCUUCAACACCGACGAUGACACGCAACGAAUCAUCAGGAAGUACAAGGGAAUAGACGUGCAUAUUCAUACGUUCAAUCAGAGCUGCUACCCCCGCAUCAACAGAGACUCGUUGCUUCCCAUCGCGAAACACGCCGAUAUCCCUAAUGAUAUAGAAGCGUGGUAUCCUCCCGGUCACGGAGAUUUCUAUGAAAGCUUCCGAAACUCUGGUCUGUUGACAAAAUUCUUGAAAGAGGGUCGCGAGUAUUGUUUUAUUUCGAACAUCGACAAUCUGGGUGCCACGGUAGAUUUUAAGAUUCUUAAAUCGCUAUUACAUAAUAAGGAGCCAUCGCCUCUCGAGUUCGUUAUGGAAGUCACGGACAAAACUCGAGCGGACGUUAAGGGUGGGACGUUGAUCAAAUACGAGGAUAAAUUGCGUUUGCUUGAGAUCGCACAAGUUCCAAAGGACCACGUAGACGAUUUCAAAUCGGUGAAAACGUUCAAGUUUUUCAACACGAAUAACUUGUGGAUAAAACUCAGCGCCAUCGAAAGGGUGCUCGAGCAAAACUCUUUGAACAUGGAAAUCAUCGUCAAUAAUAAAACUUUCGCGAACGGUUUGAACAUUAUUCAGCUGGAAACUGCUGUAGGAGCUGCGAUGAAAUCGUUCGAUGGAGUUGUCGGUAUAAAUGUUCCGCGCAGUAGAUUCUUACCAGUGAAGAAAACUUCAGAUUUGAUGUUGGUCAUGAGCAAUUUGUACACUCUCCGCAACGGCUCGUUGGCAAUGAGUUCGCAACGAAUGUUCCCUACGACGCCUCUGAUCAAAUUAGGCGAUAAUCAUUUUGCAAAGGUGGAGGAAUUUCUCACCAGAUUUCCUUCCAUUCCGGACAUGUUGGAAUUGGAUCAUUUGACAGUGUCUGGCGAUGUCACCUUUGGAAAAGGUGUCACCCUUAAAGGAACCGUGAUCAUCAUCGCGAACCACGGAGAGCGUAUCGAUCUUCCACCAGGCACUAUCUUGGAGAAUAAAAUAGUCUCCGGCAAUCUACGUAUCUUGAACCAUUAAUUAAUACGCGGGAAUACUAAAGCUUAAGUUAUUGGAAAACGUGAAAAUCGCGAAGCGAUGCAUAUAGUGUACAUUCGUUUAAGGGGUAACACACGUUACUCCUUGACGUCGAAGAUAAAAUAUGUUUUCUAAUGAGAUGUGCAAGGAAAUUUACAAUUUGAAAAUAAAGAUUGUCUUAAAUGCGGUGUAACAGAAAAUAUAUUAAUUUACGAAAA